AUGUUUUAAAAUAUCAUUCACGACUCAAUUUGUUCAGAGAAAGAGAUAUCUGAAGAGGAUCUACACUCUCCGGCCACAUUGGAUUUGGAACCAUUUUCUGAUUUUGAAUCCAAUUUUCAUUUGUCCUUUUUUACCGAGGAACCAGUCCUUAAAUGCCAAUCUGAUGUUUCUAAGCUUGCAUUGAAGAUUAAAGAGGAAGACACUAAUUCUAAUCAGUAGAAUUAGGAAAUCAAUAAAAGAAAAUAGAAAAUUUGGAAUGAUGAAGAGGAUUAAAGAUUAAAAUAUCUAUUUAAUUACUAUCAAGGAAAAUGGAAUGAGAUAGUUAAAAAUAUGCCUUAAAGAAAUGCAUCUUAAUGUCAAUAGAGGUGGAGAAGAAUCAAUCCGCCAAAAGAGACAAAGCAUAUAUGGAGCGAACAACAAGAUGACCAAUUAAAAUUAUUAGUUCAUCAAUUUGGCAGAUAAUGGAUGAAAAUAGCCAAAAUCCUUGGAAACAUCACAGGAAAACAGGCUCGUGAUCGUUACAUUAAUAAGCUAGAUCAAUCAAUCAACAAAGAGCCAUGGACUUAUGAAGAGGACAUGUUGGUUUUAGAUUACUUCGUCAAUCAUGGACCCAAAUGGACAAAAAUCUCUAAUUUACUAGUUGGAAGACCUGAAAACCAUGUUAAGAAUCGUUUCUAUAGUUUCAUUAAGAGAAAUUACCUUGGUGAACAAAAUCGAUAUCAAAUUAUUUAUUCUUGAAUUGCCUCUCAAUUUCUCAUCCUAUGAUAAGGAGGGGCUCCAAUAUUUAUUGAGUUAUAUUAGCUUAGCGUUAUAACGUAUAAACAUUCUA